AUGCCCAAAGGUGAAAACCUCAAACGCUACUCUGUCAACCUGACCCAACUAGCUCGCGACGGUAAGCUGGACCCCGUCAUUGGGCGCGAUGAGGAGAUCCGCCGUUGCCUCCAGAUUCUCAGCCGUCGCACAAAGUCCAACCCCUGCCUCGUCGGCUCGGCUGGUGUCGGCAAAACAGCCGUGGCGGAGGGCCUGGCUCAACGCCUCGUCAACCGCGACGCCCCCGCAUCCAUGCAUGACAAGGAAGUGGUAUCUCUUGACCUGGCCGCUCUCAUUGCCGGCGCCAAGUUUCGCGGCGAGUUUGAGGAACGCCUCAAAGCCGUCAUCAACGAUAUCAGCGAAGCCGACGGCCGCUACAUUCUUUUCAUCGACGAACUGCACAUGGUCCUUGGCCUUGGCGGUGGCGGUGAUGGUGCCAUGGAUGCCGGCAACAUCCUCAAGCCCGCCCUCGCUCGUGGCGAGCUUCAGCUCCUCGGUGCCACCACCCUCGAGGAAUAUCGCCGCUAUAUCGAGAAGGACGCUGCCCUCGCCCGACGCUUUCAAUCCGUCCUCGUCAACGAGCCCAACGUUCAGGACACCAUCUCCAUUCUUCGCGGCCUCAAAGAAAAGUACGAGCUGCACCACGGCGUUCAAAUCACCGACGGUGCCCUCGUGGCCGCCGCUACCCAGUCCGAGCGCUACAUUGCCGACCGCUUCCUCCCGGACAAGGCCAUUGACCUGAUCGACGAGGCUGCCUCCCGCCUCCGCAUGCAGCAAGAGAGCAAGCCCGAGAUUAUUGAUCAGCUCGACCACGACCUCCUCACCCUCAAAAUCGAGCUCGAGGCCCUCAAGAAGGAGACCGAUGCCGCCUCCAAGGAACGGCGGGCGCACAUUGAACGCGAGGUGGCCAACACACAAGCUCGCAUCGACGAGCUCACCGCCCAAUGGGAAAGUGAAAGAGCUACUCUGACCACCCGCACCCGCUUGCGCGAAGAGCUCGAUAGCCUCAAGCUCAAGCUCGAGCACGCCAUGCGUGAUGGUAACUAUGAAUUGGCCUCCAAACUCAAGUACAACGACCUUCCUGCCCUGCAGCAACGCCUCGAAACGGAGGAGAAAUCGGUGGAAAAAACGGCCGACACACGCCUCAUGGGUGACCGCGUCACCUCGCGGGACAUUGCCCAAGUAGUGUCCCGCGCCACAGGCAUUCCCGUCCACCAGAUGCUCCGCUCCGAGCGCGAAAAACUGCUCAACAUGGAGUCGAUCCUGCAGGAGCGCGUCGUGGGUCAAGACUCGGCGGUACAGGCCGUGUCCAACGCUGUUCGGCUGAGCCGAGCCGGUUUAGCCCAGGGCAAACGACCCAUCAUGUCGGCGCUCUUUUUGGGACCCACGGGUGUGGGCAAGACUGAGCUCUGCAAGGCCCUGUCUGAGUUUAUGUUUGACACUGAGGCGGCCUUGAUUCGCCUGGACAUGAGCGAGUACAUGGAAAAGUUUUCCGUCUCCCGCCUCAUUGGAUCCCCGCCCGGCUACGUGGGCUACGAAGAGGGCGGCCAGCUUACCGAGGCCGUUCGGCGCCGCCCCUAUGCCGUCAUUCUCCUCGACGAGUUUGAAAAGGCGCAUCGCGAUGUGAGCAACAUGUUGCUGCAAGUGCUGGAUGAUGGUCACUUGACGGACAGCAAGGGCCGCAAGGUGGAUUUCAGCAACACAAUCUUGAUCAUGACUAGCAAUUUGGGGGCCAACAUGUUGGCCGAGGUGUCGGAUGUGAACAACGAUGGCCUGCGUGAUGAAAUGCGCCGCUUGUUUUCGCCCGAGUUUGUCAACCGGAUCGAUGAGAUGAUUCUGUUCAACCGGUUGGGCCGCAAGCACAUGACCGGUAUUUUGGACAUUCGUUUGGAGGAACUGGGCCAGGUGCUGGCCAACAAUCAUCGCAUCACGCUCGAUGUGAACGAUGAGGCGCGUGCUUGGCUCUGCGAGAAGGGCUACGAUCCUGCCUAUGGUGCUCGACCCUUGAACCGGGCUGUUCACAAAUAUGUCAAGAACCCAUUGGCCCGGGCGCUCUUGUCGGGUGAGGCCGAUGCCGACAUUCCCAUCGAUAUGGGCAACUUGAUCAAAAGCGGGCCAAGCUGCAGGCACUCUUGA